AGAGAGAGAGAGAAUAACAGAAAACAGAGGAAGGGAGAGAGAGAGGAAGAGAGAGAGAGCGCGCGCGGGAGUGGGAGAGGUGCAGAGGCACGGUAGAAAAGAAGCAGUUCUGUCCCGUGCGGUUCCACUCGUCAGUGCGGACGGCAGUGCUCCGCAGGUGUCUGUGGUGUAGGUGAAGGAACCUUGUGCAGGGCAUUCUACACCGGACUUACCUGCACCACCGCCACUUUUAUACCCAUCCAAGUUAAAUGCCAAAAUAAAGCUCCACGAACAUUCAGGAGAUUGAGCCUCCGAACACUGCUCCAACAACCAUGUCAGACCAUCCCUUUAAGGCAGGGAGACAAAAAUAGACAUUUAAGAAAAUACUAGAAAACUUUUAAAGCGUCAGGGUAUUGAAAAAAGGAAUUUGGUUCAGCAACACUGCCUAAUGUCAAACGCUUAAAAAUCAACUCCAAGAGGUGUUAUUCAUCAUUAUCUUCAUCUGAGGCACUACUGUGAGUGUGCUUUCUGCACACUUGAUCACAAACAAAGCCAGCAAGCACAUGUAAAGGCAACGUUCUUCAUUCUGAAUUUGGCGCAAAAUGGCCGCUGAAUCGCACUCUUAAGCUCCAACCUCCUGGAAAAAGAAAUAAACAAUGUGACAUUCUUUGGAGUGACCUCCUAAAAGCACACAGAGCACAGAGCACACUCUCACAUCGAGAGGAACACUGUCCCGCUCCAAAAAAAGAAAAAGCACUGGGAAAUGUUAGGACACUUCUGAAGGAUCUAAGGCCGAACUGCACUUAGUGGAGGAAGAUAAUCCAGCCCUCCAGACACUCGGAGAAGCAAGAAUACUCAGAGGAGCUGGAGUUCUCUCCUGAGGAGAGGAAGAGAAAUUUGUUCGUUUGAGUGGGCCAGGGGCGCUUUAACACAAAUACGAUCGCUCGCGAGCGGAUGGGAGUCCAGUAUUACUGAAGCUACAAGGGGGAGCAUCGCCGUUGAGCAAUACUCCUGGCAGCCUGCCGUGGGAAUCUGUCCAGUGAGCUUUGUUGGGGAAAAUCUUCUGGGAGGUCCUGUCGGAUUCUGAAAAAAAAAAAAAAAAAAAAAAUCACAGAAGAAAUUGAAAGUGUGCUCCAGAUGCAUCAGUCUGGUUGCUGUACAGGGUCUAGUGAUUAAAUACACUGAAAGCCGAAGCCUGAGAGCAGACCCAAGAUACGCACUGAGCAGAUCUGCGCUGGGCUCCUGCAGAGGGAAAGUGCCAUGCAGAGCUGAAGACUGACCUGCUACUCUCUGCUGAUCUACUCUCUGAGACUGAGCUACUCUCUCUGUCUGCUCUCUUUCACAUCCGGAUACAGUUCAGCCACGGCAGAUUGCUCCUCAAGCACACAGCUCUCCACAGACACAGACGCAGGAACGUGGGCAGACAUAGACGCAGACGCAAACAGGGCUGCGGCUGACCCCGUUCCCUGAGCAAGCACAGCACUGCUUUUCAGCUUUGGUCGUGGUUUUGGGUCCGAGAUGGAGGAAGGACACCAGCUGGUCAGGUGUGGAAUUGCCGGGGCUGGACCCACCACCCUUGGUCGUUCCCUGAGCUUGCAAGGACGGCAGGGCCCCCCAGCACUGCGCUCCGAUCCCCUGUGGAAGGACAGGGCAAGGGGGGAAGGGCAAGACAGCAGGGUUGCCAUGGUGAAGCCAGCAGUGAUCACUGGUACAACCCAGACCAAUCGAAAAACCGGCCUGACCCGGAGUGUGAGUUUGUCAGAUAAGGAGCUGAGGGAGGCUCGGGACAGGAGUCAGAUCAUUGCCGCCCAGCUGACCUUCCAGUCCAACGCCAACUCCAGGGGAGUGCAGCUCUUCAACCGGCGCAAGCAGAGGGUGAACGCCUUCACCCGGACAAGCUACGGCCAGGGCGUGGGCCAGGAAGGAGACGGACAACUGCGCCAGCCUGUGAAAUGGGAGGAAAAGCACACUGAGAGAGGGGACAGCCAAUCAGACUGCAGGAACAGUGAGCCUGACCCUGCCAACCUUCCUGGUGUGGUAAAAGAGGGAGGGGAGAGGAUGGAGGAGGAGAGGGGAGAACCAGUUCCCCUGGAGGGCCCCCCAGCUGCCUGCGUGGAGGAAGAGGGAGAACAAGACCUCUCAGGGCAGUGUGAGGUCAAUGAGAUGCCCAAAGAGGACACACCUCAUGAGGACUCAACCCAUGAGGACACACUCCAUGAGGACACACCCAUUGAGGUUGCGCCCAUGGAAGAAACUCCCACUGAGUCCACGCACUGUGAGGUCAAGCUGUGCGAGGACAUAGUUUGCACAGCCACACCUCCUGAGGUGACACCUCCAGAGGCCACGCCCCCUGAUGACAUCAGGACAGCAGCAGUCCAGGCUAAUGUGGGUGAGAAGGAGGAAGUCGUAGCUCCAGGUAAAAUCACUAAUGGAUGUCACAUCCCUCCAAACACGGCUCGUGUGACGCUGUCCUUGGCCAAGCAGGCCCCAGCCAUUGUCAACAGGACGGCUCGGCCUUUUGGGGCAACCGCAGGUGCCCGCUCACCAGAGGACCUUCCCCCGCCCCCUUCUUGUGUGACACCGCCCCUGCCACAAAUUUACAGCCCGCCUCCACCUGCCUUUUCCCCUCCCCCACCAAUGACUUACUCAACCCCAUCACCUUCAACCUACCCGGACCCUAAUCCACCGGCCUACUCCAACGUUAUUCCACAAGCGUACUCCAGUCCUUCUCCACUGGCCUACUCCAGCCCUAGUGCACAAGCAUACUCAAAUCCUGCUCCACUAGCCUACUCCAGCUCUCCUGCACGAGCAUACUCCAACCCUUCUCCACCGGCCUAUUCCAGUCGUACUCCUCAAGUAUACUCCAACCCACCUCCACCGGCCUACUCCAGCCCUCCCCCCUUGUCCCGUGUGAUCUCGCCCUCCCCGUGCUUGCCCCAGUACGGACCCCCCUCGGCCCCCAGGCCCACCUACAUCCCCGAGCUGCUGGGUAACCGGCAGCGGACCAUGUCACCCAUCAAGAGUGGCAUCCUGGAGGAGGGCAAGGCCCGGCGAGCCACCCGCAAGUCUAUGUUCACCUUCCAGGAGAAGCCCAAGGUGGCCCCAAACCCGGAGCUGCUGUCGCUGGUGCAGGGGGUGGACCAGAGGAAGAAAGGCUCCUCCCUUCCAGAGCCCACCCAGGAGGAGGAGCUGCUGGCCCUUGGGGCCGAGGCUUCCAACUUUCUGCCCAAAGGCGGUGACGUUGGCGGUGCAGCGUUGGAGGAAACUGCCGCGCCAGAGUGGUCGUCAUGCCUGAAGAGUUCUGGGGCACGCGUUAGGCAGGAACCCAAGGCAGAGCAGGCCAAGGCCGAGCAGGGCCUGACCAAUGCCUCAGGCAAGGGGGCGGAGCUCUUUGCUCGCAGGCAGUCCAGGAUGGAUCGGUUUGUAACGGAAUCAGGGGGCGGGGCACACGGCAGGGCUCCAUCCCCAACCGCAUCGCUGCCCCCCUCCUGGACCUUCCCUUCAAACAUGCCUGGGCGGGUCAAAGCCAUAGCGGAGAUCUCCAAUGCCAACGUCAUAUCCAGCACCAAAGCACCACCCGCUCGAUCCGCCAAGCCCAGACCCAAGGCUCCGGUUCCGCCCCGCCCGGAAAGCCCGGUUCUGGAGAACGGCUGCACCAAGCUGGAGAUGGAAAUCUCCCGGCACCAGCCCUACCAGCUCAACUCAUCCCUCUUCAUCCUGACCCCCACCAGGGACCCCAUGAGCUCCCUGCCCAAAGCCGCCCCGCCGCCCAAACCCGUCCUGGACCGGGCUCACGGCCGGCAGACCUCCCUCCCAGCAAGCAACCCCCCUCCCCUCUCCCCUCACUUCACCUCCCCUGCCCCCUUCCGCCCCUUCUCCCCGCAGGUGCCCCUCAGUCCGGUGAACGGAGCGGGGUUCUCGGAUCUCAGAUCAAACUGCCCAGCGCCCCCGUCGUGGCCGGGCGUGUCCCACGUCGCCCCGCCGGUCUCCGCCCGGUCGCCCGAGCGAGCGAGCGCGCCCCGAUCCGUCGUCCAGGCGCCCCGGCCCACCUUCUCUGCCAAGAAAGCGGGCCUUGAGCCACAGACCAGAAGGGAGUCUCUCCCCACCCCCACUACGCCCACGCGCACCACGCCCGUUCCCACGGCAACGCCCACCUUGUCGCAGCAGCUGCGGAGGUUCAGCAGCCCCGAGGCCCUGGCGGGGGGGCUCAAGUUCCGCCCUGCAUCUCCCGUCCCGCCGCCUUCCUCCUCCUCCUCCCGCUCCCUCCAUCCCUCUUCCUUUUCUUCCCCCCUCUCCCCUUCCCAGGAGGCGCGGUGCCAGUCCCCGCUCGCCGGCCCAGACGCCAAGGCCAAUCGCCGCCUCCUGGCGCAGAACAUCAUCAACGCCGCCAAGCGCAAGAACAGCCCCUCCCCCGGUGGCCAGAACGGGAGGGCCGCCUGCCUCAGCCCCUUCCAGCCCCGCCCCCUGGGCAGCCAUUCGCCCACCUUUACGAGCCCGCCGCCCACCCCGACGCGUUCGAUGCGGUCUCCCGUGCGCCUCUACGCGACGCGUUCGCUCACCGACUCCGACGCCUCCCUGGAGUCGGAGGAUUCGGGCCUGCGGUCGCCAGGGUUACGCAGCUACAACACCUGCCCCCGAGGAUGGGGAGGAAGCCUGAGGAUCAAGAGGGGCAGCAUCUCUGCCGACCUGUAGGGGCUCUCACGAGCAGUAUAACCUCCCACUGCCCCCCUCCCCUCCCCUCCCCUCCCCUCCAGAAGCGACUCCAAGACUACAAAUUCAAAUUCAAGACUCCAGAUCUCAGGAGGUCCAAAUUUCCAGUGCAAUGGACUUUGGCCGCAUUUGAAGAAGUGUUACUUUUUUAUUUUUUUUAGUUUACCAUAUCAGUCCAGCAAGUGGCUGGAGUAUACACAAACACACACACACACACACACACACACACACAUCUGACAUCUGAGACAUCUGUGAAGACCUUGAUCAUUAUUCCAAGUUAAAGGAAAAACACAUUGCAAUUAGACUCCAUUCCAGCUCUCUUAAACAUGUGUUUAAAAAGGAGCAAAAAAAUAAAAAAUACAGUGGACCAACUGAGUCAUACCAAAGUGGAUUCCAGGAACCAAAGAAGUGACUGUGAUGUGGACAGGGGGGAGAAAAGCAUUUAGUCUGUGAUUUUCAUUAUACUGUAAGUCUCUUGAUUCACAAAAGCUGUUGCCAGUGCUGUUUCAACAGCUGUUGUCCUAAUCUUUAUGUUAUAUGGCUAUGUGUAAAUAUGACAGGUUAUGGAUUUUAGUGUGACUGUUCCUCAGCGUAAUUUUUUCAAGUCUCGACGCUGGUGAAUAUUACCCAGCAAAUGACCAAGGGCAAAGGUUCCGGUCCUUUUCCAGGAAAGCACUUUUAUCCCCAAGUUUAAUUGGCGUAGUAAUUCCUUGGUCAUCCACAAUGAUGUGUGGCGAGCAUUUUGGUGCAAAAUGGCAAAAUGACCACGCAUUGGUGGUGGUUCCCUGCUUCACUGUAAAAGCUCUUUACGGUUGUGAAAGGGGCUGUGUAGAUAUAGUAAAUCACCAUUGUUACUUUUAGAGUGGGCGUCAGUGAAGCCUGGGCUAUUCCUCUCAUUGGACAAUAAUUUAGGAGGCGGUCCCUGUGACCGAGAAUAGCCCAGUGGUGUCCACUUGAUCGAUUUCCUUGAAAGUCUAUGUUACAGCUGUCAAAAAAGGCCAUAGAUAAGUGCUGUAAAACAACACCCCACAAUCUUCAAGAAGUGAUGUCCUCUGUGCCCCACCAAAAACUGACUCAGGACUCACGAGUGGAUUGUGACCCAUGUCGUGGACACCAUUCAAAUACCAUCAUGAGCAUUCUUUUACCAUUCCAUUCAUUUUUAUAAAUCAGCAUCCUAAUUUAUAUCUUCAGUUGCACAGUUAGUCACUUCUCAUGUUGAAAACAUGAAAACAAUUACUGCAGCUCUGCUAUCUAAGAAAAGGGCUAGUAAUGAAUUCUACUUAACAGUGCAAUAACCUGUAUUCACACCCCUGUAUAUAUUUUGUAUCGCAUUGAUUUGAAGUGUAUUUUUUCUUCUGAAUGUCCGGUUUGACUGGGACAUAAGUAUUGAGAAUGUUGAGUGGAGGAAAUGGGAGAGAUAGAGACAAGGUUUGAUGGUAAGUGCAUGUGUAAUCUGUGUGUUCUCUGAUGGAUGGUACACUAGUGAGAAAAUAAAGCAUGUAAACAGAAAGUUUAAUUGUAGUCAUGGGAGAUGAACUGUGUUUUACUCAGACUUAGGGGAAAUCUUCACUAAUAAGCAGAGCAUGGCAGAACAGAGCACCAUUCUGUUGUAAGUGGAUAAACAACCAUUGUUAUAUAAAUAAGAUGUUACGAUUAAGUUCCUGAUUUAUAAACACAAUACAGGAAGAGAAAUCAUAACAGUAAGGACAGCUGUUGGUUUAAAUUCCUGUUUUCGUGAUGUAGCAUGAUUAUGGCUAAAGGGACAAAGCUCACAAGGGUAUGAUCCAGUGCUGUGGGACAAAAUACUAAAGGGACAAUACUCACACGGGGAGAUUGUAGACAAUGAGAGAUAGAGUGUGCUUAAGAGAAGUCACAGGUUAACUGGUUAAAAGGUCCAGUGCAUUUUAAAAGUUUGCAAUGACAUAGUGAAGCUCUUUCUAUAUUCAAUAAAGCCUUAUACUAAUGGUCACUUUAGAUACUCAUUUUACUAAUUAAAAGUGUUUCACUUUACAUUUUGUCUGUUAGCAUUACUGCUUGGAAUACACCUGGGUGUUGCGAAAGCCGGUGUAAUUCUGCCCACCCACAAACACACCGAAUACCUGAACACCUGGGCAUUUUGAGAUCCCAGGAGGCGAAUAUGUGACCUUGUUUAAACCACAAAGCUCUUGUCGAAGCUUGCGGCACGGAGACGUCGAACUCGAUCUGUGCACUCUAACCUUCAGCCAGUGUUCUAUUUCAUGGGACGUGUCACAGAGAUACCGUGGUGGGCGCCAUCUGCGUCUCUGCGAGGCGCUGGACCUCCUGGCGCACGGACCAGUGAUUCUUCUCGUGUGCCCUGACACGGCAGGCAUGCUCAUCAGCAGAUUCUGUGGUAUUUACAGACACUCUGAUUGAUAUGCAUGCCAGCUGCAUAUAUAAUUGGCACCUUCCUUGAGAGUACCACCCCCCCCCCCCACACCUUCAAUGUAAAAAAAAAAAUAUGUUGAAUUGUUACCCAGGAUGUAGGUCAAUUCCAUAUCCCUUCAGGAAAUUAAGUGAGCAAAUGUCCGAAGUGUUCUAUGGUGAGUUUUAAAUUCCUGCAUUGAAUUUCAGUUCAUUUCCUACAUUGACUGUAUUGAAAUUAAAUUGACUGUCAAUGUGCACUGCUUGUGUCUGUCAGCAUAUCUAUGCAUCGAACAAAAGCCAAAGUCACAGUGCAUUGUAUCUUUUUACUGCUGUCCUAUUUUAAAAGAAAUAAAGUACAUCAAUCAAAUAUGAAAAAAGCU